GAGGCGGGGGAUUGGUAUGCGAGCCAGUGUGUGAAGGGAGGGAGGUGUCGGGGCCGAGCGUGGUACUACGACAAGCGCGGGCCGGAGGGGGCGGGGGAUGCGCCGCGGCGGCGGGCGGCGCGGGCGCUGGACUGCUGUUUGGUGGCGCCAGAGCAGCGGAUCCCGGUUUCACCGCGGCAGUAGCACGGCUGUCGCGCGCGGCCUGAAGACGCGUACCUUUCUGCCUCCCACCUCUUUUUUUUUUUUUUUUUAAAUAACCAGAACCAAUGAACGCAGUGAGGACCCGAGCUCCGGAGGCCGCUGGUGGUGAGGGGAUGAGGUUGGCGCCCGGCCGGAGCCCGCGUCUGAGGCGGCGGGGGCGGUCCGCGGAAUCGCCGGCAGCGGCUGCGGCGACGCUACGCGGAGCGGUCGAGGGGUCGACGGCCGGGGCGCCGCCGAGCUUUGUCCCCGCUUCCCCUCUGCACCCUCAUCCCGCCGCGACGCCGGGCCUGGCCUCCGGCUGGCUGCGGCGGCGGCGCUGGGCUGCGCUGCUGGUGCUUGGGCUGCUGGUGGCGGGAGCGGCGGACGGAUGCGAACUGGUGCCGAGGCACCUCCGCGGGCGGCGGGCAGCAGGCGCUGCCGGGGCCACCGCCGCCUCUCCCACGGCGGCGGCGGGCGUUAGCCCGGCGCUCAUGACAGAUCCCUGCAUGUCACUGAGUCCACCAUGCUUUACAGAAGAAGAUAGAUUUAGUCUGGAAGCUCUUCAAACAAUACAUAAACAAAUGGAUGAUGACAAAGAUGGUGGAAUUGAAGUUGAUGAAAGUGAUGAAUUUAUCAGAGAAGAUAUGAAAUAUAAAGAUGCUUCUAAUAAGCACAGCCAUCUGCACAAAGAAGAUAAACAUAUAACUGUUGAGGAUUUAUGGAAACGAUGGAAAACAUCAGAAGUUCAUAAUUGGACCCUUGAGGACACCCUUCAGUGGUUGAUAGAAUUUGUUGAACUACCCCAAUAUGAGAAGAAUUUUAGAGAUAAUAAUGUGAAAGGAACAACACUUCCCAGGAUAGCAGUGCACGAGCCAUCCUUUAUGAUCUCUCAGUUGAAAAUCAGUGACCGGAGUCACAGACAAAAACUUCAGCUCAAGGCACUGGAUGUGGUUUUGUUUGGACCUCUAACACGCCCACCUCAUAACUGGAUGAAGGAUUUUAUCCUCACAGUUUCUAUAGUCAUUGGUGUUGGAGGGUGCUGGUUUGCCUAUACACAGAAUAAGACAUCCAAAGAACAUGUUGCAAAAAUGAUGAAGGACUUAGAGAGUCUGCAGACUGCAGAGCAGAGUCUGAUGGACUUACAAGAGAGGCUUGAAAAGGCACAGGAGGAAAACAGAAAUGUGGCUGUAGAAAAGCAAAAUCUAGAGCGCAAAAUGAUGGACGAGAUCAAUUACGCGAAGGAGGAGGCUUGUCGGCUGAGAGAGCUGAGGGAGGGCGCCGAGUGCGAGUUGAGCAGACGCCAGUAUGCAGAGCAGGAAUUGGAGCAGGUUCGCAUGGCUCUGAAAAAAGCUGAGAAAGAAUUUGAACUCAGAAGUAGCUGGUCUGUUCCAGAUGCACUUCAGAAAUGGCUUCAGUUAACACACGAAGUAGAAGUACAGUACUACAAUAUCAAAAGACAGAAUGCUGAAAUGCAGUUAGCUAUUGCUAAAGAUGAGGUUGCUGCUUCAUAUCUGAUUCAGGCAGAGAAGAUUAAAAAGAAGAGAAGCACCGUGUUUGGGACUCUGCAUGUUGCACAUAGCUCCUCCCUAGAUGAGGUGGACCACAAAAUUCUGGAAGCAAAGAAAGCACUCUCUGAAUUGACGACUUGUUUACGAGAACGACUUUUUCGCUGGCAACAGAUUGAGAAGAUCUGUGGCUUUCAGAUAGCCCAUAAUUCAGGGCUCCCCAGCCUCACCUCUUCCUUGUAUUCUGAUCACAGCUGGGUGGUGAUGCCCAGAGUGUCCAUUCCACCCUAUCCAAUUGCCGGAGGAGUUGAUGACUUAGAUGAGGAUACACCUCCAAUUGUGUCACAGUUUCCUGGGACCAUGGCUAAGCCUGCUGGGUCGUUAGCCAGAAGCAGUAGUUUAUGUCGCUCUCGUCGCAGCAUCGUGCCGUCCUCGCCACAGUCUCAGCGUGCCCAGCUUCCCCCACAUGCUCAGUCACACCCCCGGCACUCUCACCAUCCGCAGCACACACAGCACUCCUUGCCGUCCCCUGAUCCUGAUAUCCUCUCAGUUUCCAGUUGCCCUGCUCUGUAUCGAAAUGAAGAGGAAGAGGAGGCCAUUUACUUCUCUGCUGAAAAGCAAUGGGAAGUGCCGGACACAGCUUCAGAGUGUGACUCCUUAAAUUCUUCCAUUGGAAGGAAACAGUCUCCUCCUUCAAGCCUUGAGAUAUACCAAACAUUGUCUCCUCGAAAGACAUCCAGAGAUGAGCUCUCCCUUGAGGGUUCAUCCAGAGGCGAGUCACCCGUAACUGCAGACCUCUCCCGGGGCUCUCCUGAUUGUGUGGGCCUCACAGAAACCAAGAGUAUGAUCUUCAGUCCUGCCAGCAAAGUGUACAAUGGCAUCUUGGAGAAAUCCUGUAGCAUGAACCAGCUUUCUAGUGGCAUCUUGGUGUCUAAACCUCGGCACACGUCAUGUUCCUCAGCUGGCAACGACAGCAAGCCGGUUCAGGAAGCUCCGAGCGUUGCCCGGAUAAGCAGCAUCCCGCAUGACCUUUGUCACAAUGGAGAGAAAAGCAAAAAGCCAUCUAAGAUUAAAAGCCUUUUUAAGAAAAAGUCAAAGUGAACUGGCUGACUUGAUGGAAUUCUGUUCAAGUGGCAUCUUUAAACUUUUAUUUCCCACCCUCCACUCCCCUUUUUUUGUUUUUGUUUUAAUUUUAGGAAUGUAACUCCAUUGGGGCUUUCCAGACUGGAUGCUAUAGUGGAAUGUCCUUAUGGGCAACUGUCUACUGUCUGCUUAUUUAAACAACUAGAUAAUCAAUUUGCCAAGCCCGUUAUUACUGAAAAAAAAAUCAUUUAAGAGAUGAGACAGUUUACAGUCAUUUCUGCAUAUUUAUUUCUGCUUUGUUACUGGUGAUGUACAUACAACAUUUUGUUGAAAGCCACUAUGGACUUACAAGCUUUAAUGGACUAGUAAGCCAGCAUGGGCUUGCAAAAAUUUCUUGUUUACCAGAGCAUCUUCUUAUCUUUCCACAGAGCUAUUUACAUCCUGGACUAAAUAACUGAAAAGAAGUAAAACUAAUUGCACUACUGUUUUCCAGACUGGGGGAAAAAAAAUCUCUGCAAGUGAAACUGUAUAGAGUUUAUAAAACUAUGGAUUUGGGACUGUUUUCUUUUAGAUCAAAAUGGGUUUUUAAGUAGAACCUAGAGUUUCUAACUGACUUGAUUUCUGGAAAUGAAAACCCACGCUUUUAUUAUGGGAAGCUUCUUUAAAUGCAUUUAAUAUUAUAAAGUUUCAAGUCCUGCUGUAAAGUUCAUGUUCUUUUGUUUUUCCCAGGGCUUUCACUGUGAUUUACUGCAUUGCAGGCUGUAUGAUAAAAUGUAAAUAAUUUAAAGAGAGAAGACUCUUGAUUCCUUAUGCAAGUGAAAAUGUGGAAACUUGAUUGAAGGACUUAAAACAUUCACAAGCUCAAACUGAGGUGGGGAGGGUAGUGGGGAUUCAGGCACUUGUUUACAGACUUUGAAUACUGCAAAGGAUUUAUGGUUUGUGGACAGUUUGUACUGUGGAAAAGAUAAUAAAUUGGAGAUGUUAUUGUGUGGGAUUGUGCUGAUUUUUGUUGAUAACACUCCCCUAAAACACUGUGUUUCCUGGAGAGCCAUGUAAAACCAUCUUGUUGCUUAAUUGCAAUAUAAGAAACAACAAUGUUUUGGAAAUAAGUUGUCAACAAAUUUCUUUCUAUUUUAUAUUGUUUGUCAUAUUUUUAUGUAGUUUGAAAUGUUUAAAUAUUCUAACAUCAAGAUUAACAAAUACAAAUUUAUGGUGCAUUUAGAUUGUGUUGCAUUAAUUUGUAAAUUUUGGGGCUCAUAAAACUGGUAGGUAGUCUAUAAGGGUAGCUCUUAUUGUAAGGAUUAAGUCAUAUAGAGCAACAAAGUGUGUUAAUAUUUGGGGAAUUUCUGCUUCAAGCACUUCUUUGAAGAAUUCAGUCAAAUAAUCUGGAUAAUGCUAUGUGGAUGGAUAUUCAGGUGAACAAUGUAACAGACUAGCUAGAAUGGUUUUUCAGCAUUAUGGCUGAAAGAUAU